ACGGGGUGGUGAGCUGCGAGCUGGCUGUUCGCUGAGUGGAAAACCAGUGGACAAGAGAACAAUCUGACAGAACUUUCAGUGACACGUUAUCUACGAGCCGAUCGUUCGGCCUUAUUACCAUCCGCCAUUUCCACUGGAAGAAAAUCCCGCCUGAAUUUUUCACCAGUUUCCUCUUGCAACGCGGUCUCGAUUCAAGGACAGCCGACUUUUCCCGCAGUCGAGAGGAUGGCCAAUUUCGUUGGGCAAACACCAUUGUGACGUGCUCGGUUUACGAUUCACUAAUGCUAUGGGGUUGUCAUAACACUCGGUUAUGUCAAGGCCGAUGCGGUAACAACGUCGAUACGUUUCACCGGUUAAACGUUCAACCGUUGGUAACUUGGAAAAUCGUCAAAGUUUCGGGAGACACGGAACGCAUUCACGAAAAUUUGUCAGACGCUCAACGAACCGUGAAAUUGCCUCGAACAGCAGAUCAGCUGAUUUCUAUCUGAGGAUAAGAACGUGAAAGGUGGUCGUGUACGAUCACGAAUACUUUAACCGUACAUCGUGUCAUUUUGUUCGCUCGUUCAAUUGAAACGAAAGAUUGAAUGCCUGAAUUCUUGCGUUCGUUACGUUGCAUCGAUUAACCCGGACAAUGAGAGUUUCUGCAUCGGAACGAUGAAUACCGAAUCGGAUGAGGACGAGAUAGAGAAUAACGACGUAUCGUCAUUGGAUGUUCAUCGAGUUAAUAGCUGGAUUAGCUUGUCUCGUGUGUUGGUUAAAGUGUACACUUGUUAUGAUUCUGUGUGAUGUUUAUCAACGUGUACGAGGGGGCUAUUGCGAUAGAAAUAAAUUAAUAUUUGGAGAACAUCUCGAGAACACUCACGGUACACGAUAAGUUCUGAAUAAGAAGGAAAAGAAUAUUUAUGAUGAUAAUGAAAAUGAGGGAUUCGUUGAAAAUUGAAUGCAUCGAAAAUGCUUCGCAACUUGUCGCAAUAUUAAGACGUUUUAACCAGAUCAACAAAUAACAUCGCAACCCUGACCUUCGACACUCGUCAUCACGUGACUGUAUGUAGGGUAAUCGAAAUUCUGUCGUAACGAGAAACUACAAAUUGUCGCCGUCUGGGAAGCCGCUCGUUAAAACCGCAGCGAUCCAUUAAAUCGCCCCUGAAAACGUCAAAGCGAUCCAUUUGUUUGUUUAUUUACGACGUGUUUACGAAUGCUUCCUGCCGACUCGUCGAUACGUGCACGAUAGUCCUUCGACAACACGGAAUCACGGCGUUUUGCUGCAAAUGGGAUAAUGAUCAUUUUGUUUGCUUGAAACUAACGCGGAGGGAAAAGAGGAAACAAUGGAAGGAUGCGAAGCGUUUUGGUAUCGAGUGUCAUUGAGGUAUAAUGUUUAUCGAUAUGGCCAUUAUCAGAAGGACCAACGUUAUUUGACAUCGAUCGACAGAUAUUCAACAGACUUUUCAUAAAAGUUAAGUUUUCAAAGAUUAUUGUUAAAUACAUAGAUAAUAGAAUUCAGGGAGUAGAUGGUAAUUUUGUGAUCGUUGUUGAAGAACUGCACAUGAUAGUUACGCUAGAUUUGUUUGUUGAUAAUUCUGAUACACUCGAGGUGUCGAGCAUCGUUUUUGAACAAUUUUCCUUACUUUGAUAUUGUAAUAAAAGAAGAAAAACCGCUAGAAUUGUUGUUUUCGUUAUUAUUCGAACGUUGCACUUGUUAACCGAAGUCACUUGCAAGAAGCUUUUGAAAAACACGAUUUUAUUAACCUUUGAGCAGCGGAGCUUGGGUCAAUCGUGACCCAAACUCACAAAAUAUACACAAUGAUAUUUACUUAAAGUUAAGGGGAUAAUUUUUAAACAAAAGAGUUUCAUAUAUUGGAACCAUAAUUUUUGAAAGAAUAGUAUGCAAAAUUAUAUUAAAAUUGUCGCUCUCUUUAUAGUCCGCCGACUGAGGGUUAACUAGUUUUAAACGGAAGUCUGUUUAAAGAGAUUUUCACGCCUCAUCGAAUAGCACUUCGAGACAAAUAAUUAUUCAUUUCGCACGCUUCGUUGCAAUUAUUUUACCUUUUAAUUAACUAACUGUUAAUAUUGUGGAUACGUAGAAACUUUACUAUUGAAACAUUUUCAAAAUAAUAAUUACUUCAGUUCGAGAGUUUUGAAGAUUCGAAUACGAUUCAUUUGAUUUUUCAUCGGAAAUAACGAUUCUCACUAAUGACGACACUCUGUGGAGCGAAGUGAGACUCGGUUCUAAGGACAUAACACUCGACCAUCAAAAGGGAUAACCAUCAAAUUUAAUGCACCAGUCUUAUCGAUUGGAGAUUACGCUAAUACUCUGGAACAAGUAUAAAGUGGUGCAGAAUCGAUCACGGUAUCUCCACUCUCCAUAGAAGGAUUGUUACUAAAUAAUCACGAGUGCGUGAAAUCCGAAUUAUCGAAUUUAUCCUAAAAAAAAAGAAAACAGAAACCUGAUAUUCAAUCACAAUGGAAAAAGAUCGCACGUGGUUCGAUUGGUUUCACCGUUCCAGAAUGACCAGCAAGUUGUUGAAGUACAAUGUUCGGACGCUUCGCGUUCCCACUACGUAAGGAUCAUGAGGCGAUCAAUCGAGGUGAUAAUGAUGUCAUCGGAGGGACAUCGUAGAUCGAUUCGUUCGCGGACAAUUAUUUAAAUUAUUCCACGCAACAAAGUGAAGUUUCUGUCGAGAAAAAAGGAGCAAAGGGCGAACGAGUCGCCCGUUCGUCAGCUGCUCGCCCUGUUUCACCAGCGUAAGCCUCGGGAUCCUCUGCGAGGGCAAAACGCUGCCUCGUCGGUGCCCCUGCUCGAGAUGGGAGCCAGAGCAUGGGACUACGAGGCACUGCCGGAACUUCACACCUCGGUGGCCGUCACACCGUCGUCCACGCCACCGAACGCUCAACAGAAGAUUCACUCGCCGAGGGUCUACUUCCAGCCGGAGAAUCUGGCAUCGACUAGGAGACGAAGCAGCUCCAGGCUACUCGCGCCACAAACCUCCUGCAGGAGACGCAGCCGAAGCAUGAGCGCCUGGAGCGACCUGUCGAGGUCCUCGUUCAAGCUCGACGAAAGGUAG